GCGCGAAAGAAAAUAGGUGGGGGCAACUAUGUACUGAGCUGAGCGUUAUUUCUCAUAUCGUGUCGGCCGUAUGCUCGUAAUAGGGAAUCGCGCGUAAACAAAUCUCGAUCAUGAUACAGGGAAUGUUAGAGCCCAUACGAUUACCGGAAGGACAAGUCGCAGUAGAUGUGCCAGAUAUACCUGGAGGCCGUGUUUAUACGUGCGCGUACUGCGCCAAGCAAUUCAGCACGUCUGGCAAUUUAUCCAAGCACAGAAGGAAAGUCCACAAAGUGAUAGGUCAGUCAUCUGUGUCGACCAAGGAGCUAAGAUGCCUGGAAGACGAGUGCACAUUUUCCACAAAUCGCAGAGACGAUUUGCGCGACCACCUCACGUUGGCACACACCAUAGAAAUGAUCGACGUUCGCGAGAAGUUCACCUCCAUGGCAGAGUUUCGCCAGUGGUUGGACGACCUCUCAGUUGACGAGAAAUCUCAGUUUACAACGAGAUCAUGCAGCGCAGAGCGCCGUGCUCGUGUCCACAGAUACCUUUGCAACCGGUCGGGUGUGAGUGUUCCGAAGCAAGAGAGACGCCGGAGGAUAAAAUCGCAGGGUUCAUGCAAAGCGGGAAACUGCUGCACCGCGUAUCUGACAGCGAGGGAGGCAUUGGUCACCGGAGUUGUGACUGUGUCAGGAUGCCUCACGCAUUAUGGACACGACAAGGAUGUUGAGCACUUGCGCAUCUCAUCUUCAGACCGUAACACCAUUAUAAGCUAUCUCCAGAGCGGAUUACCCGUCGACAAAAUUUUGGAGAAUGUUCGUGGGGAAUACCCAACGAGGGCAGAAGACCUGAGGAGGUCUCACCUCAUCACAGCUGCUGACAUCCGAAACAUUGCAAAUGCAGAAGGGAUCCGAUUGUGGAGACUGCACGACGACGAGAGCGAAAGCGUCAAGAAGCUUGUGCACAGACUUGACGAGUCUGAACAGAGUCCCAUAUUGUUGUUCAAACCCAGUGGCGUGCCGUCGGGUCCAGACUUGCCACGAAUAAUCGAAGACGACUUCAUCCUCGUAAUGCAGACUCCGGAACAAAGAGAACAGCUUCUCACCUUUGGUGCUGAGGUGAUAUGCGUACAUGCUGUUCCGGGUGCACAUUCGUGCAAGUAUACCCUCAUCACUCUCCUUGUAUCAAAUUCAGCUGGAGAUGGGGCACCGGUAGCAUGGUGUCUGACGACUGCCGAUAUCACCUCAUCCAUUUUCACGUUCUACCAAGCUAUUGCCCAGAAUGUGGCUAUCCUUCAGCCCCAAUGUCUCCUGUCAGAUGACUCCAAAGUGUACUACACUGCCUGGCUCGAAGUCUUCGGAACCGAGCACGCGCCACAGAGACGACUGUGUGAGUGGCACGUGAAAAAAGUGUGGAAUGAGCAGUUGGCAUUUCUUGUUCCUACACAGAGCACCAGGGAUCACAUUAAGAAAGCUCUAGAUGUCCUUUACCAGCAGACAUCACGAGAUGCUUUCCAAAUGCUGAUGAACGGGCUAUUAAGGGAGCUUAAAGGGGAGAGGGGCACAGUAGCGUUUGGAAACUACCUAGAGACAAAUUUUGUGUCCAGAGCAGAGUUGUGGGCCAACUGCUACGUGACCACCGCGAAUGCUACCAUGAACCUGGACACAUUCGAUCGGUUCCUCAGGCACUACUUCCUGACAAAAGCGAACAAGCGUGUCGACAAGCUCGUGUACACUUUGCUCACGGCAUCCAAGACAAAUCACUUGGAAAGUGUGCUUGAGCCUGUCAAGGGUCCCCUUACCAAAGAGAAGGCAUUGAUCACUCAGGCACAUCAGAAUGGCCUGCUCAUUCCAUCGGAUUGCAUCAUUCAAGUGGACAGUGAAAAGUGGACCGUCCGAUGCGGAUCUCUCACGUACGAAGUGACAUGCGUAAACGGGUGCCAAGGAAAGUGCCGCCGCAUUUGUGAACAGUGCAACGUUUGUGUCCAUAAGUUUGCUUGCAGUUGCCCAUCACGGUAUAUGUGUAAGCACAUCCACGCUUGCAUCAUCAAAGCCAUCUACGGAGCAACCAGCGAUGAAACUCUGGGCCAUCCUGCCAUGGGAGCGGUUACGUCGACGGAGGAGAUUCUCAUCAUUGAACCAGUUACAGAACACAUGCAAGAGGAGAUUGUUGAGGAAGAGCCUGUCACUAAUUUCGAGCUAGACAUCACAUCGACACGAAGGAUGGAGCUAAUCCAGGUUCUCCAGGAACUCAAUGAGGCAUCUGCAAAUGUAUGGGAACUGCUGUGCACAACGGAUGUGCAACUGCCCAUAGAUGUUGACGAGCAGAUUGCAAGGUUGAGGGUCUCAGGAGAGCACUUGCGUUCCUUCCACGCGCAAAACUCAGCUGCGACUUCAGUUACAUACAUGGAUCAUGACUACACAUUUGGUGCUUCUUGAUUUCUUUUUUCUACUAUAGAAAACUUCAUUCUGUAAUUAUUAAUAAAGCCAUUGAAGCUGUUA